CAAGACAAAACAGACCUUUUCUGUGUUUGGACUGCUGGAAUCUCAGAAGAUUUGGGAAAAGGGAUAUUCUACACUCGUCCUUUAGAAAACUUGUCUAAUAAAAUGAUUGGAGAAGCCUUUCUUGUUGAACUCCUAUACAAAGAACAGAAAUAUGGGAAGAUUUGCAAACCCCUGACAUGUAACAAUACCUCAAGGAAUGCAAAAGAAACCUGGAAAAGUAAGUUUCUAGUUGUAGAAGACAAUUCCCUUCUCCCUCUUAAGAUGGAAAGCCAAGAAAAAUGUAUAAAAGGAAAUGCAACAGAACAAAAUAAUGAUACCACUCAAGUGAAGUCUGUGGAUGAGCUCACAAUGACAAAACACAAAAGUGCACCUCUUCCAGGAAAUGUGUCCAUUGCAUUGCCCAUUCCAAAGAGAGAACACAUUGAAGGACAACUGGAUUUAUAUCGAUCCUGGUCAUGUACAAGUAUUUGUCAGAAUUAUCCGGACCUACAGAUUGGAGGGGAUCAUGUAGGAAACAUGUAUGAUUCAGGUUGCUUUGUGGAACACACACAUGAUGAUGUUUUAAAUGGUCCUCUUUUGCUUUCAGUGGAUAUUCCAUUGGGCCAUUCUCCUACCAUUGAGCCUCCAGAGAAAACAUUUACCACAAAGUUAGUGAAUGGGGAUGAAAUUCGAGAAAAAAGUAUGUUGUUACAUAAGCAGCCACUGUCGAAUUCUAUGCUUAAUAGUUAUAUGGAAAAAAAGGUGAAUGAACUCUACAAACAAUUUUUGGAAGAAAAUCUCACCAGGUGCCCCUCCAUAACCAAUCUGAUGGUUUCCAGUCUGCUGAUGAAUAAUGUAAAUCAGAUUAGCCUUCAAAUCUCUCAAGAGCAGAACAUAGAGACAUCAAAAGCAUGGGAAGCUCUCCUACACUCCCAAGUACUAUGUAAUCUUCAUAACAUUUCCCAAGAAAACAGCUCAGAAAUCAGCACUCCUAACUUGCAAAUAUCAAACCAGACAAAAAAGGAAGGUAUGAAUCAAGUGUAGGUUAGUGGGACUAAGUUAUGAGACUCUAGUAACAUUAUUCUCUGCCUUAACUGUGUUACUUUAAGUCUCCUUUGUGGUGUGGUUUUUACAGUUGUUUUUUUUUUGAGAAAUGGUUGCCUUGUGGUACAUCUGAAUUCUUGUAGGUGAUAGUUAUGAUAAUUAAAAAAUAGAAACAUCCGGUCUUACUGUUUU